GCUGCCGCCCUCGAGCCAAAGUCCUUCCUCCCCGCCGUCGCCGGGCCUGAGGUGCCUCGACCACCGCCGCCAUGUCCGCGAUGGAGAAACAUCUCUUUAACUUGAAGUUUGCUGCCAAAGAGCUUAACAGAAAUGCCAAAAAGUGUGACAAAGAAGAAAAGCUUGAAAAAGCUAAAAUUAAGAAGGCAAUUCAGAAGGGUAACACUGAAGUUGCAAGAAUACAUGCCGAAAAUGCAAUCCGGCAGAAGAAUCAAGCGAUCAACUUCUUGCGCAUGAGUGCUCGGGUAGAUGCUGUGGCAGCGAGAGUUCAGACGGCAGUCACAAUGGGCAAGGUAACAAAGUCAAUGGCUGGAGUGGUUAAAUCUAUGGACGCUACUUUGAAAAGUAUGAACUUGGAAAAGAUCUCUGCUUUGAUGGACAAAUUCGAACAGCAGUUUGAAACCUUAGAUGUUCAGACGCAGCAGAUGGAAGACACAAUGAGUAAUACCACCACGCUAACAACACCACAGAAUCAAGUGGAUCUGCUUCUUCAAGAAAUGGCUGAUGAAGCAGGCCUUGACUUGAAUAUGGAGCUACCUCAAGGACAGACAGGUUCCGUUGGCACGAGUGUUGCUUCAACAGAACAGGAUGAGCUCUCGCAAAGGCUGGCCCGCCUUCGUGAUCAAGUGUAACGGGAAGCAUCCUUUCGGCAGUUCUUCAUGUAUGCUUCGGAAGCAUUCUGUGUACAUAACUCACAGCCCCGUUAGCAUUUCUGUCUAACACGUCUGGAUAUUUAUCUACCGUACUCAAGGGUGCUUGUCUUUGUCUUGCCACGCUUUCUAAAAUACAUUCAGUGACUCAAAAAGUGGUAUUAACCCUUAAACGUCUGUGUGGUUUUCUAG